UGGGACAAGAGUAACUCAACCAAGCCUGAAGACACAUUUCCCUUUUCAGCUUUCAGUGCCAAACCAACCUUGGUGUGGCCUAGUACUUGUUUUCUCAAUAUGAGAAAUCCUUCCACUCUCCAACGCGCUUUUGUUCUCUUCUGCCUUCCCUUGUUGCUUGUUGCCACCUUCGGUUAUGCUACUGAGGUUUCAGGGAAUGAAGUGAAGACAGAUGGGAAGGUUGCACAAGAAGAGGUAGCAAAGACAAGCCAAGAAGGACCAAAUGAAGAAGCAAAAUUCAAGGGCUUUUUCCAUCAUAAACCAAUAAUAUUCAAGAAGCCUUUUCCAUUUGUGAAGCCUAUCCCAAAGCCAUUUCCCUUUGUUAAGCCCAUCCACAAGCCCUUUCCAUUUGUUAAGAAGCCUAUCCCAAAACCAAUCUUUGUGAAGAAACCUAUACCUUUUUACAAGCCUGUGCCAAAGGUAAUUCCUGUUCUGAAACCAAUUCCCAUUUAUAAGCCUGUGCCAAAGGUAAUUCCUGUUCCCAUUUAUAAGCCUGUGCCGAAGUUCAUUCCUGUUGUGAAACCAAUUCCCAUUUUGAAGCCUGUGCCAAAGGUAAUUCCUAUUGUGAAGCCAAUUCCUUUUUUUAAGCCUGUACCAAAGGUGAUUCCUAUUGUUAAGCCUAUCCCUAUUCACAAGCCAAUUCCAACUCCAUAAGGUGAUAAGGAAGAGCCUGCCUUGGUAUUCAAUAAAAUAACCAUGUUUUGAAACUUACCACUGUAUCUUUUCAACAUAAAUUGCCUUUGCAAAAUCCUACCUUACCCAUCUUAUAUAUGUAUUGUAUCAGAAUAUGUAGUUAACUAUUGCUUUUGUUUAAAUAAUCUCAAUGUAUCACUGUUAAAAAUCCAAUAUUAAUCGAAGAAAGGAAUUUAUUCUCUA